GAGGGGACCCGCGGCCAGAGGCUGGCCGCUCGCUUUCUUCAAGCGGACUUUUUGCCAAUGGUCCAAAGCGACAUGUCCAAGUCGCCUCCCACAGCGGCGGCGGCGGUGGCGCAGGAGAUCCAGAUGGAACUGCUGGACAACGCGGCUCCCGCGGGGGCGCUUGGAGCACAGUCAUAUGGAAAAGGAGCCAGAAGGAAAAACAGAUUUAAAGGAUCCGAUGGGAGCACGUCAUCCGACACUACCUCAAAUAGUUUUGUUCGUCAGGGUUCGGCAGACUCCUACACCAGCCGUCCAUCCGAUUCAGAUGUGUCUCUGGAGGAGGACCGGGAGGCAGUGCGCAGAGAAGCUGAACGACAGGCCCAGGCACAGUUGGAAAAAGCAAAGACAAAACCCGUUGCAUUUGCAGUUCGGACAAACGUCAGCUAUAGUGCAGCCCAUGAAGAUGAUGUUCCAGUGCCAGGCAUGGCCAUUUCGUUUGAAGCAAAAGAUUUUCUGCAUGUUAAGGAGAAAUUUAAUAAUGACUGGUGGAUAGGGCGACUGGUUAAAGAAGGCUGUGAAAUCGGAUUCAUUCCAAGCCCAGUUAAACUAGAAAACAUGAGGCUACAGCAUGAGCAGAGAGCCAAGCAAGGGAAAUUCUACUCCAGUAAAUCAGGAGGAAAUUCUUCAUCCAGUUUGGGUGACAUUGUUCCUAGUUCCAGAAAAUCUACACCUCCAUCAUCUGCUAUAGACAUAGAUGCUACUGGCUUAGAUGCAGAAGAAAAUGAUAUUCCAGCAAACCACCGCUCCCCUAAGCCCAGUGCAAACAGUGUAACGUCACCCCACUCCAAAGAGAAAAGAAUGCCCUUCUUUAAGAAGACAGAGCACACUCCUCCUUAUGAUGUUGUACCUUCCAUGCGGCCGGUGGUCCUAGUAGGCCCCUCUCUGAAGGGUUAUGAGGUCACAGAUAUGAUGCAAAAAGCAUUGUUUGAUUUUUUAAAACACAGAUUUGAAGGGAGGAUAUCUAUCACAAGGGUCACUGCUGACAUCUCCCUUGCCAAACGCUCAGUAUUAAACAAUCCCAGUAAGCAUGCAAUAAUAGAAAGAUCCAACACAAGAUCAAGCUUAGCGGAAGUUCAGAGUGAAAUCGAAAGGAUCUUUGAACUUGCAAGAACAUUGCAACUGGUAGUUCUUGAUGCGGAUACUAUUAAUCAUCCAGCUCAACUCAGUAAAACAUCUUUGGCCCCUAUCAUAGUGUAUGUAAAGAUUUCGUCUCCUAAGGUUUUACAAAGGUUAAUAAAAUCUCGAGGGAAAUCCCAAGCUAAACACCUCAAUGUCCAGAUGGUAGCAGCAGAUAAACUGGCUCAGUGCCCUCCAGAGUUGUUUGAUGUGAUCCUGGAUGAGAACCAGCUUGAAGAUGCUUGUGAGCACCUUGCUGACUAUCUGGAGGCCUACUGGAAGGCCACUCAUCCUCCCAGCAGCAACCUCCCCAACCCUCUCCUUAGCCGUACCUUAGCCACUUCAACUCUGAGCCCCACCCUAGCCUCUAACUCACAGGGUUCUCAAGGUGAUCAGAGGACUGAUCGCUCAGCUCCUGCCCGUUCUGCUUCCCAAGCUGAAGAAGAACCUUGUUUGGAACCAGUCAAGAAAUCCCAGCAUCGUUCUUCCUCCUCUGCCACACACCACAACCAUCGCAGUGGUACAAGUCGAGGGCUCUCCAGGCAAGAGACUUUUGACUCUGAAACCCAGGAGAGUCGAGACUCUGCCUAUGUGGAGCCAAAGGAAGAUUAUUCCCAUGAACAUGUGGACCACUAUGCCCCACAUCGUGACCAUAACCACAGAGAUGAGACCCAUGGGAGCAGUGACCACAGACAUAGGGAGUCUCGGCACCGUUCGAGGGACAUAGACCGAGAGCAGGACCACAAUGAGUGCAACAAACAACGAAGCCGUCAUAAAUCCAAGGAUCGCUACUGUGACAAGGAUGGAGAAGUAAUAUCCAAAAAGCGGAAUGAUGCUGGGGAAUGGAAUAGGGAUGUUUACAUCCGCCAAUGACUUUUGCCCUUUGUCUCCCCCUCCCUCAAGUCCCCUCAAACAAAAUCUUUGGGGUCUACAUUGCAAUCACAUGUGAUCUGUCUUGUAUAUUUUGUAUUGCUGUUGCUUAAAUAGCAAUAGCAUGAAAUAGAGUAUUAAUAUCCAUUCUUUUCUUUUGGAAGUGCUAUAUAAACUGGCCUGGUACAGCAGUUGUUCUCUGGUUGUAUACUAGACUCUUCAAAACCUGUUUGGGGUAGCUGCCACAUGAACAAAAUUUUUGCCGUCCAGACGACAUUGGUGUUUUAAGAAAUGUAGCUGAUGUACAUCCAGCAAGCCAGAUGCAGCACAGAUUAAAAAGUGGAAUUUCUUGGUUCUCCAGAUUUUUAAUACCCAGAUACCUGAUGGGCAUAUUCAUUCAUUCAUGGACCACUGUUUCUUGCUUGUACCUCUGGCUGACUAAAUUUGGGGACAGAUUCAGUCUUGCCUUAUACAAAGGGGAUCAUAAAGUUAGAUUCUAUUUUCUAUGUACUAGUACUGUGUACUGUAUAGACAGUUUGUAAAUGUUAUUUCUGCAAACACCUUAUUAUAUAUAAUAUAUAUAUAUAUAUAUCAGUUUGAUCACACUAUUUUAGAGUCUUAAUGCCAAGUCAGCAGAUUUGCUUUAUGAAUUACAGGGAUUAGAAAUGCCCACAUUCAGGAAAUUUGUAAUAAUGUUGUCUAGACACCUCUCCCCAUUCUAAAAGAAAGUCUGUAUAUAAUGUAAAUAUGUGUGAUUGCUUGACUUAAAAAGGUUUGAUUUCUGAAUGUUCUACCAUCCUUGUAAGUUUAUAAUUUUAAUCAUAAAUUAUGGUAAAUAUAACCAAACUCCAGAGAUUGUUCUACUCCAUACAGUUCACCCAGAUUGUGACAAACACAUACUUAGGAGCUAGUCACGGCACUGGAGUAUGAGAGCUGGAACCCGCUGUGUGCAUGUGUCUGUACGUAAGAAUGUGCACGAGUGACUGAGAUGAUUGAGAUGCUGAAGACUAAUGAAGAAACUAAAGUCUGCUAUCUAGAAUUCUCACCUGGCUUUGUACUUAAUCGUGCUAUAUGUUGCUUUAAUAAUCCAUUGAGAAGUCAGGGAAGGUGAGGAAGCUUGCUGCCAAAGGUAACUAGGAAAGCAUUCAUCUGCUGGCUCCUUAUUUUUGCUCCUAGAGAGUAAAAAUACAGGCAACUUUUACUGUGAGUGUUUCACUGGAAAUAUCCAAUCUUUGUGUGUUAGAGUAUUUGUUUUAGUAAGAAAUGUUUACACAGCUUGUGGAAGUAUUUCAUAGUAAAAUAAAUUUUUAUAACUUCUCCCA